GCAAAACAAACAUGUCAGCUGAUGGGCUGUCGCUCGCCGUUGUUCACCAUACAAAAAGGGGCAUUUUGUUUUCUCCAUUUUAGCGAAACAAAGCUGUGCAACUUGACGGUUUAUUAGCUUAGUAAUACGCAGGCAGCUCGUUCGCUUGCCGUGUCCUUCAAAAUAAAACAAUCCACCGGAGAGCUCCCCGAGGCAACAGCAAUGGCCCCAACGGAACUGCAGCAGUACAGCUUGGCCCAGGUGGCCGAACACAACAAACCGAACGACGUGUGGAUGGUCAUUCACGAUAAGGUGUACGAUGUGACCAAAUUUCUUGCCGAGCAUCCCGGUGGCGAGGAGGUGCUGAUCGAGUUUGCUGGCAAGGAGGCGACGGCCGACUUUGAUGACGUUGGACACAGCACGGACGCGAAAGAACAAAUGAAGCAAUUCCUCGUGGGUGAAAUACUUGAAGCGGAACGGAAAAAGAAGGUUACCACUGGACAAACAGAUCCCUCGAACGCCGCAUCGUCGUCCGCCUCCUCCUGGUUUGGCUCGAUAAAGGCGAAGCUUUUCGGUUGAUCCCCCCUACCCCCGCGCGGCACAAGAAUUGCUGUCCUCGCUGGUGUGUUCCUAGUUGUAGAUUUCAUCUUUAAACUCCCGUCCUCUGCACAUACACACAGACACAAACACCCCAAAACCCUAAGAAAAGGGAGGUGGAAAGAGCCGUGCAGCAUGGGAGGGGACAACGUUUUAGCAUAAUUUUAGUACACACACACAACACACACACACACAAUUGGUGCUGGUAGUCGAAUUCGCGUCGAUUCGGUUCGGUUAAUCUCUUUUCGGUUCUGGAAACACAUUCCCAUCACUUGGCUGUUAUGUGUUUUAGGUUUUAAACGACGCAGGGGAAGCGUGCAAAGUACUUUAUUAUGCGUUUUUUUAUUAUUAUAAUUUUGCUCAAAAAUCGAAUAAAAAAAUGACUGUGACAAAGAAGAAAGGAUGAGACGGUGGACAGAGCAGGUCCGUCCCUCUGUUUUAGUUCUUUAUUAGCUUUUAUUUCUUUUUUUUCCAUUCCACAUCGGAAUGCCAAUUUCCGUUGAUACUUCACCGUCGUCGAGCUCUGAUGAUAGUAAUCACGUGGCAGUGGUGCUUAGUCCCCCCUCCCAAAAAUACUAUAUUUUAAAUAUAGUUUCUUUUUUGCCGCACCAUAAUUUACAGCACGCGCCGCUUUAUCAGUUACAUGUGAUAAGUGACGGUUAGGAGUGUGAGCAAUCUCGAACGCGCAUUGCAUUCAUCGUCUACAUCCGCAAUGGCUGUUCGUACCAGCGUUCUCUAGCGGCGAUUCUCAACCGCGGUAGAAGUAGUAGUAGUAGUAGUAGUAGUAGUAGUAUACCGCGAUCGUUUAAUCUCGUUUCUGCGUUACAUUCCUUUGCUACCUGUUACCACCACCACGUGUUCUCUUAUCGCGGUUCAAUUGGUCCCAGAGCUCCCGGGAUUGCCUAUAAACUUGAGCUGAAAAACGGGAAACAAAACACAAUCAAUACUGUACAGCCUAUUACUUACGCUUUGUUUGCAAUUUUCGUUUUCCUACC